GAAAAAGGACAAUGGCUCUCUGUAUCUCAUCCUUAUCCUUUCCCCACGAUUCCUUCUCUCCUCUCUUGCGCCGCCGCUGGCCCAGCGCGGCCGCCGUGCUCCUUCUCCACUCGUGCUUCCCAAGCUGCUUCGCCGGAAGCAAUGCGAGGGCCCUGCCCCGGUGGAGGCGUCUCGGCGUCUUUUGCCCCGAGCUUCAACGGCUCCCGCGCCAUGAUCUGGCCGGCAACAGUAAAUUGCACGAGACGGAUCCGCAUUUCAUUCAUCCAAACAGCCAAAACGGGGCCGUUCCGCGCAGGCGACAGGGCUACGGGAGGAAUUUGCUAUGCUAGCCAGGCGGUUGAAUUGCUGCCCACUUUGUACCCUGAAAUCGUGGUCCGAGACGCACGGCUCGAGGACUGCUGGGAAGUGGCUGACACUCACUGCAGCUCGUUCUUUCCUGGUUACAAGUUCCCGUUGGACCUUGUUCUCCGGAUUGAUCGUUACAUUGCUCUCCUCUCUGGAUUUUCAGUUCCACCCGGCUGCAUGAGGACUUGCCUUGUGGCCGUCAAUUCUAAUUCUGUAAAUAGUAGUUUCAACAUCGAGUGUGGAGAUGCUACAGAUGCCAACUUUGAGAAAUACAAUCUCAGUAGAGGCUCCGUAGCUGGCAUUCUUACACUUGAUACAGUGGCAGACUAUCUUCCGAGAAGGGGACCCCUGAAGCAGAGAAGGACAGGUAUUGCGUAUAUAGCAAACGUCGCGGUGCGGAAGGAGGAGCGACGGAAAGGGAUCGCGAAGAUGUUGGUCCAAGAAGCAGAGGCUCGGGCAAGGAGCUGGGGAUGCCGGUCGAUGGCACUGCACUGCGACGUAAACAACGUGGCCGCGCUACGCCUGUACAGAAACCAAGGCUUCAAGUGCAUACGAGUGCCGGAAGGAGCUAAAUGGCCCGAACCCAAGAUAGCUAAAGGAGCGGAGUACAACUUCAUGAUGAAGCUAGUGCCCAAGGCUUGAGUCUUGAACCUUAUAAGAUCUGACUAGGGAAAAAAAGGGAAAGGUUUGGCCGUGUAGGUUCUGCACGGAUGCACGAUUUGCUCUCCAUUCAUGUGUACAGCAUUUGGUGUAUAGUGGAGGCUACUUUGUAAAUGGUAUAUAUAACAGCUACGUGUUGGUCCAUAGUGAGUGACUGAGGGUGUCGGUGUUUAAACCAUCCCCAGUCCUUGUGUUGUUGUGUGUUAUGUUCUUCAGAUUCUACAAGGUUCCAGCCAGCCAGAAGGCUGCUGGGGCGAACUGCCAGUUCUAAAUUGU